GAUCGAGGGAGGCGCUCCCUUCCGUCCGCGAUCGAACAUCGAACACGGAAUACCGGCGCGAGGCAACGGACCGUCCACACGUAGGGCGCGGUCGUACGGGAAAUUAAAAAGUAAAUAAAAUAGUGAUGGAGCUCAAAGGAAAGGUCGCUCUGAUUACCGGUGCGGCGGCCGGCAUAGGAUUGGCUUAUAGUGAGGAAUUGCUGAAACAUGGAGCUAAGGUGUCACUAUGCGACAUAGACUCCGACAUCGGCGAGCAGGUCUCCGAUGAACUGGGCGCGAAGUAUGGACGUAAGAACGUGCUGUUCUGCCAGUGCGAUGUCACCGACUACCCGCAGUACGAAGAGGCUUUCGAGAUGACGAUUAAAGUGUUCAACCGGCUGGACAUCGUGAUCAACAACGCUGGAGUCAUGAACGACCGGUUUUGGGAGCUGGAGGUCGACGUCAACUUGAACGGCGUCAUUCGCGGUACUUUACUGGCGUACCGGUUUAUGGGCAAGGACCGCGGCGGACAGGGCGGUACCAUCGUGAACACGGCUUCCACUGCAUUUACAAGGCCCCAAGUAUCUACCCCCAUUUAUACAGCCACCAACUAUGCCGUCGUGGGACUCACGAGGGCUUACGGAGACCAGUAUCACGUAGGACUGACAGGCGUUAGGAGUCUCGUGUUAUGCCCGGGGCUCACAGACACGGGCCUGGUCAAGGAAAUACGCAAACAGCUCAUGUCUUCCGAGUACGAGGCAGCUUGGCAGCGUGACAACGCCAACGCCAAGACGCAAAGCUCAGAGCACGUAGGACGAGCUCUAGUGGAGAUACUCACCAAAGGCCAGAGCGGCUCCGUGUGGAUCGUGGAGAACGGCCAACCCGCACGGGAGUGGCGUGGCUAAACUACAUACACUCGACAACCUUCCAGUAUGUACUGCGAGCACUGCGCGCAAUGAUAUAUUCGGACUUACGGAGCACAAUAUGGAUUCAAGAGCUUUCGCAUGACGAUUACUGUUUAGAAAGACUGGAGAAUUGCGUGUAUGACUCAUUUAAUUGUGCACAAAUAAGCGCCGCACCAUUCCACUACCCCAGGGUUAAUCGGUUAAACCUGGAGAUACCGGUACAAUUUGACACACGGUUAACCGCGUAACCCCGGGUUAGCGGGAUGGUGCAAGUGGCCCUAAGAGAACCGAUAUGCGAAUGGUCCGAAACUAUGUCAUUAAAACGCACACAUUCUUAAAAGUCGCGACACCGCUCUGUAACUGCCACCAAUUCGCACGUCGCUCCGAUGUUUGAGCGAGACAACGGUAUGCGCGUAUUAUAUCGACAUCCCGCUCGCACGUCGCUCCGCAAUCGGAUGCAGUGUGCCACGCGCCUAAGCGAUAUAGUGAUGUCACAACUCUUUUAUUCUGAUACCGAUGGUUCGGAGAAAAGCCAAAGUAUUUCUAGUCCAAUAAUACUUUUUCGAUCACCUUAUUUUAUGAGGAAGCGCAAGAUAUUUAUCAAGCUUUACCUGAGAAUGUAUGGGCAUUUUUGAAAGAUACUCUCAUAUAAUAUAAGUAUACUAAGAUAUUUCGAAUGACUGUUUUGAGUGGGUGAUCCUAUCCAUCCUAUUUAAAUAAUAGUGUUUUUCUUUUGUAUAAUCGACCGAUGGUCUCUUGACAUUAUAUUAUACUGUUUCCGGUCUUUGGCUCAAUGAAUAGACUCAACAUAAAUCUGCCAAAAAAAUAUAUAUUUACGUCUUAAGUUUGGCGUAAUUAAAAAAAAUAGAAUUACCAAUUUCCUUUUCAUAUCUCAUAUCUUUUCUAAACAUUCUACUUUACGAUUUUUUAAAGAGCAUUUUAACACCGAUGUAUUUGAGUGAUUGUGUUUUAUACUUCUGAUGCUUAUGGAUUUACUUAUGACUACGUAUAAUCUCCACGAAGUAACAAUAUGAAUACGUGAUGUGGUUGUGUAAAUAUUCAGUUCUUUAGUAUUAGAAGUGUUUUAGUAAGAAGCUGCAUUUAUAUUUUAUAAAAUAUAUUUUACAAACAUAUAGAUAAGUAGGCUAAGAAUAAUGUUAGACAAUGUAUCGUGUACCUAUACUUGGAAAUUGUCUGUAUACUUAAGGCCCUGUAUAAUAAGAUAAGUAUGUAUUAUAAGCACAUACUUUGUUAUUGGCUUGUGUAUGUUACGAUGUCAGACAUUUUGUUGACGUGCAAGUGUUACAGUUAAUUCAUUUCACAAAGACGAAUAUUUUUUUAUUAUUGACAUUAGUCUAAUUUCGGUUAUCUUUCGUGAGAUGAAAUAUCUAUAACAAUUACCAUGGAAUUCGAUAUUAUUUGUAAAUUCUCAACAGUUUUUUUACAAGUUGGUUGCUGAGAUUUUUUGAUUUGCAAUAAAAGAGAAAAGGUACAA